AUGGCCAUCUUUGUGGUCACAACAUCAGCGGGAAAGCCUGAUAGGGGUACUAUGAGAAAGAUACGAAGCCAUGCGAUGCGCGGGAGGAAUACACGCGAGGACAGGCUAGCUCGGGCUCAAGAACGAAUGAAUACUGAUAAGGGCACAUCUCAGAUCAUGUAUACUGACAGUACUCUAUCUCCACCCUCGGUACAAAUGACCAAUGGCACGACACAAGCACAUACUAGAGAGAAGACCCUCACGGAUCAACCUUCGACUAUGAGUAUUCCGCGAAAGCUGGCACCAGAGAUUCUAUUACAGCGAUCAGAACUCGAGCUAAAGCCAUAUAUGCUGGAGUUAAUACAUCAAGCUUUCACGACUUCAAAACCCUGUCGAUACGCCAUAGACAUGAAAGUCGCCCACGAAUGCGAAUCUCAAAUCUUCAGCCUCAGCGAUAUGCACAUGCACGAAGUAUCCCUCCACUCCAUCCUCUUCACAGCAUCAGCGUUCAAAGAAGUCUGCCAAGGCAUAGAGUUUAGCAUGCUCACGAGAUAUCAUCUUGGCGAGACACUUCGCUGUAUACAAUACAGUCUCCAGGAAAAAAGCACAGCUACUGCUAUGGCGACGGUGGGAGCGAUUGUUAAUCUAGCGUCGGCGGCGUCUAGCUUUGGAGAUGUUGAUACUGCGAGAAAGCAUAUGGAUGGGCUAUGUCGUAUUUUUGAACUUCGUGGUGAGAUAUCGCCUUUUGGAACUGCACCGCUAGCAGAGAUGAAGUGUCAAAGGAUAGAGAUAUGUCUGUCAAUGACAGAGGGGCGAAAACCCCGGCUUCUUCCCGACAUCCAAGUCUGGGACUCACUCAUGCCAAUAUCUGCAAUCCACUCCCCUCCAGAAUCUACAUUUCUCAAUCCUCGAAUUCUGACACCAGAUCGGCGAUUACUCUCCAUCUGGACCGAUUUACAGUACUACGGCAGACUAGCUAAUGAGGGCGAGCUUAUUCCACUAGAGCUAUUCCUCUUCAUAAGCACAACUCUUCCGAAUAGGUUGCUUCAGCUUUCUUACGAUGAGCAAUCGACUUGCGAGCUUAUGAGGCUAUGUAUACUGGUGUAUAUAAAGAGCAUCCUUUUUAGUCUUCCUGGGGUUGGGAGGAGAAUGUCUUAUCUGUCGAAAAAUUUGGAGAGGGAACUUCAGACGUUCGUGCCUUUGCAUAGGGAGCAUUUGACGUUCUUGCUUUGGGCGUUGUUUAUCGCUGGGGGUUGUAUUUUUGAGGACUUUGAUCGAGAGUGGCAUCGCCGGGCUAUUCGCGAGAUUUGUGAGGCUCUUGGUGUGAGUACCUGGGUGCAAUGUAGGGCGAUUUUGAACAGCGUGCUGUGGAUUGGUGAUAUACACGAUUCGCUGGCACAAGAGGGAUUCAUCAAAGUGUUUGGGGCUACAUAA